AUGUCACUAAAAAAUAAUGCAAUGUUUGAUGAUUUCUAUAAAAAUCCUCAAAAAAUGUCAAGUUUAUCUUUUGAAGAAUUAACCAAAUUGGCAGAUUUAGCAGUAAUUCCAAAUCCCAAUAAUAAAUCUCCCUCUUUCAUAACUUCUAAUAAAACUGUCACCGAAAAAACAAUUCUCAAUAAUGUUCCUUUAGAAAAACUAAUGAACUUUAUUUCUUCCACUCAAAAUUUUAAUGUUGCAAAUGACCCUUCUUAUUUAUUCUUUGGCAAAAUUGGCGAUGCAAGUAUUAAACAUAAUUUUUAA